UAAUUGUUCUUCAAAUUAAUAAACAGUAAGUGAUUAUUUUGUUAUCAGGUUAAUGCUAGCUUCAUUUAACUUGGGAAAUAAAUGUUUCUUCCUUCUCUUCUUUUUUUUUGGCAGUACUGGGGUUUGAACUCAGGACCUUGUUCUUGGUUGGCAAGGGCUCUCCCACUUCAGCUAUUGCUCCUAGCCCUUUUUUUUCUUUUUGUUAUUUUUCAGCUAGGGUAUUGUGUUUGUGCCCCCAGCCUACCUGGUCUACCAUCUUUCUACCUGUGCCUCUCGCAUAGCUGGGAUGACAAGCGUACACCACCACUCCCAGCUUGUUUGUUGAGAUGAGAUCUUGCUAACUUUUUGGUUGGACUGGCCUUGAACUGUGGUCCUCCCAAUCUCUCCCUCACUAGCAGCUGGGAUUCCAGGCACCAGCCAUUGUGCCUGGCUCCUUUUCUUACUUUCUAGAAGAGAUUAUGUAUAAUUGCUGUUACUUCUUCCUUAACAUAUUGGGCAGAAUUUGCCAGUAAAACCAUCUGGCACUUUCACAUAUCUUUUUCUGAGGGUUUUAACUACACAUUCAAUUUCCUCUGUAGUUUAUGGUAUUAUUGAGGUUAUCUGGCCCAUCUUAGGUGGGUUUUGUUCAUUUAUAGUUACUGAGAAAUUUGAUUUUUUCCCUUUAGACUGUGGAUGUUAUGUGAUAGAGUGUUUAGUGUAAGAGGAGCCCUGGGAGGCAUGUGAUCAGGACUGGUAAGUUAAUAUGUGACCCCUUAUUGACCUGCAUGACUUCCGUGUCUCUAGAAGUGCGAAAUUGCUGCCUGGGAGCAGCGAUGCACUGGGAACGUCAGGUGGCUUUGGGCUAGAGCAGGAAGAAACCUGCAGCCUUCCCGGAGGGCUACCAAGAUUUCUGCCUCCAUUCCUGGUGUUCAUUCAAGGCGACUGUUCUGAGUGGCGUGUUAAUAAGUGCAAAUCAUUUAUGUGUUUGAUGCCCAGGCAGUGAGAGUGGCAUCCAGCCAGCAGGAAGAUGUAGCUUCUGGGGGACCCUGCCACUCACUGGCUCCAGGCUGUGCUGCCAGUGCCCCAGCUUUGAGCAGCGUCCCGCUGAUGUGACUCCUCGGUCUCCUACUGCCCAUGAGCCUGUGCUGCUGAAGACCCAAAGCAAUUGCCCCCCCCCCCCGCCUCCCCAAUGAGGAUGUGUGGCUCUGUCGGGGGGCUGCUCCUGGCCCUGGUGUUGGCGUUUGGGACAGCAGUGGCAUUUGCACCCAUACCCCGGAUUACCUGGGAGCACAGAGAGGUAGGUCUGGUGCAGUUUAAUGAGUCGGGCAUCUUCAACUACUCGGCCUUGCUGCUGAGUGAGGACAAGGACACCCUGUACGUGGGUGCCCGGGAAGCCAUCUUCGCAUUGAAUGCUCUCAACAUCUCCGAGAAGCAGCACGAGGUAUACUGGAAGGUCUCUGAAGAUAAAAAAGCGAAGUGUGCAGAGAAGGGGAAGUCGAAGCAGACAGAAUGCCUCAACUACAUCCGGGUGCUGCAGCCACUCAGUGCCAGCUCCCUUUAUGUGUGUGGGACCAACGCGUUCCAGCCCACCUGUGACCACCUGGUAAGACCACAGACUCAUCCCUUGAGUCAGCAAUGGUCGUAGCAGCUUCGUCAGUGCUUAAAGCAGAGUGAGGUCCUGGGAAUAAAGUGGUCUCCACCCCCAGAGCACCAGGAUCUUCUCAGUUCAGCCCACACGGCUACUCUGAGCCUUGGCACUGGUUGGUGGAUGGACAUUUUAGAAAGUGUGGUGCUGGCAGAUGUGCCUUUGGAUCUCAGUGACCUUGCUGCAGUAGGCUCCAGGUCAUGUGGACAAAGGUCCUGCUCCUGGGUGGAGUGUGUGCUUGGUUGAUGCCUUCAUAGGUCUUUGGAUGUCACCAUUCGGUGUCAGGGGCUGGUGUGACCCUGCCCACUGAGCCAUCCUCCUGGAUCACCCACUCUUGAGUGGUCUGACAAGUGGGGCCACCUCUGCCCCUCCCCAGUCUCAUCCCUGACUGGUCCUACUGGCAUCCUGCCCCGACCCCUGUGAGUGAGGUGGGGAGGGGCUUCCUCAUCCUGACAACCAGAUAGAGGGGGAGGCUUACGACUGUUCAUCUGAUUCUUUGAGGAGGAACUCUGUUUAUUCGGAUAAUCAGAGGAGCAAUUUGACAAUAGUCACAAACAGGAGGAGGAGGAGUGUUUUAAAUAUCUAGAUGGGAGGACAGAAAUGAGCACAUUUUCUGGUGACACUCCCUGGAUGUAAAUGAGUUCUUAACAAAUGCAGAACAUUCUUUGUGGUGGUCCCCCUUACCUGCUGGGGCUGCUUCCCAAGACCCUCAGCAGAUGCCUGGUACUACUUAAGUAGUACCAAACCCUACAUCUGACAACCAAGACGGCUACUCUGUGACUAACAGGUAAGUCGUGCGUACAGCAGAACACAGGGAUGGCUCAUGUCUUGGUCCUGGGCAGGGCAGGGCAGAGCAGGAUGGCAGGAGGUCCCCAUGCUACUCAGAACCCACAGUUGCUGCAAUGGCUGAAACCACGGAGGGAAGAAGACUACUGAAAUGAAAAGCUUUUUUUGCCAGAACCCUUAAUUGGAAUUUAAAAAAAGAUAUUCCCAGCUGUAGCGCAGAAGUAGAGCAUUUACCUACCGUGCAAAAGACCCUGGGCUUGAUCCUAACACUGCAAGAAAAAGAAAAAAAAAAAAAACAUCCAACCUCGAG